CGGGAGGCGGUCUGGCAGGCCCGCCCGAGUCCGGGCCUCCGGGGUAGGGGUCGCCCUCCCCUGACGUGGCUGGACCCUGGGCUUCAGCAAAUGUUGGAAACUCACCUUCUGCAGCAGCAGCAGCAGCAGCAGCAACUUCUAGCCAUCUGGGAGGAAGAAGAGGGAGAGGCUGAAGCGCCAGGCUCUUAUGGGGAGGAGGUACUAGGCCCCCUCAUACGAGGCUCCCUCCUCCCCCCAUGGCCCCAGCUGGAUGCUGUCCUGGAGGAGCCAGAGGUGCAGGAGGACAGGAGUCUCCAGAGUGAUCAGGAGCAAGGUAGUGGGGCCCCAUGGGGGACAAUGGGGGUAUCUGAAAGGACCCCAGCCCUCACCAGAUUAGGUUGGGACAUUGACGAUUUCAGGCAUCUGCCCCUAGGGAGGGCAGGAGGGCUUGGGCCAGAGGGGAGCCCUGGAAGUGCUGCUGGGGGCUUCAGCCCCCUGCUGCCACCCCCAGUCCCCGUCCUGCCCUCCAGCCCUGGGGGAGGCCAUGUCCCAGAGGGGACCAUGAGGCCCCAGGCCACAGGAAACAAGGUCAUGAGGGGUGGAACAGGGCAGAAUGGGGUGCAGGGGUUCAGGGCAGAAGGGGAUAAUGUGACAAAGGGUGAGAUUGGCCUUGUAGGUGACCAAGGGGAGCCAGUGCUAGAUAACAUCCUGGCACAGGGAUAUCCCUGGAUGGCCAGUGACCCAGCACAGAGACAUCCUCAGGUGAAUAAUGGGUUGGCACAGAGGCAUCCCCAGAUGGACAGUGACCUGAAACAGGGGCAUCCUUGGAUGGAUAGUGGUUCAGCACAAGGGCAUCCCCGGAUGAACAGUGACCUGGCACAGGGGCAUCCCUGUAUGGACAAUGGUUCAACACAGGAGCAUCCCCAGUUGGAGAGUGGGCUGGCACAGGGACAUCCCUGGAUGGACAAUGGGCUGGCACAGAAUCAUCACUGGAUGAACAGCAGCACCUCGGCACCAGUGAGGGAGGAAGCCAAGGGGGACACUGGCUCCAUCGGAACUUCUGAAAUGGAGAAAGAGGAAGCGAUGAGUCAUCAGGGCACAAAAGCUCCUGCCCAGGAGGUUGGACACAACUGGACAGAGGAAGAGCAAAACCGGGGCUGCCUCCCAGCAGAGCUAGGGGGUCUGGAAGCUGGGACACCAAAGGAGGCAGGGAGCCCCGAGGAGGAGGAGAGGAGUCCCAAGGAGCAGACGAGCAGAGAGGACAAAGCUGACCCAGGAAGCCGGAGACUUCCAGAGUGGGGUCCCCUCCAGCCCCUGGAGGAGAUUGCUGAUGCUGCUGCUGCUGCCAAAGGCCUAGCUCUGGAGGAGGAGAGCCUGCUGAGUAGCCCCAGGCCAGGGAGCACCACUGCGCAGACGCCUGGAAGAGAAAGGGGGCAGGAGCAGAGGCGAGAGCCCGGUAGCCCCAGGACACUGCCUCCACUGCUGCUCCCCCGCAGCCUGUCCCUCCCAGAGAGUUUUGCCUACGGUGGAAGACAGGAGCCGGGUGCCGAGGUGGAGCCCUGGCUGCAGGCCCUGAUGGGAGAAAGCGGCUCCAUCCGCAGAGAGGGCCGCGCCCUGGUGCAACAGCUGCAGGAGUUGCGGCGGGAGCUGAGAACCCUGUCCAGACCUCGCAAGGCGCUCCUGAGUGACAUCCUGGAACAAGGUCUCAUUGCGGCCACUGGAAUCCUGCUCUUCUGGUGGCUGACAGAGCAGCUGGGCUGAGGGACUUGAUUCUGAGACAGUUGUGGCUUGGCCUGCCUAUCUUUCCCACAGCAGGGGUUGGGGAGUGAUGGUGGGGGAGGCCGGGUUUGGAGGGGAAGCUCCCCCAUGGCUUCUUCUGGAGCUCCUCUCCCAACUCCCCCCAUCUCCAAACUCAUUGGCUCCCAGAGCCUGGGCUGGGUCAGGUGUGCCUGCCUGCUUGGCAGAAUGGAAGGUGUGGGCCCUGGGCAACCAGGAAUAUUUCCCAGAAUUCCUAUCUGGGCUCAAAAUAGCUGUUGGUGCCAGGGCCUGCGGCUGCCCUAUCGCCCUGUAAAACCCUUCAUCCUGUCCCCAUCAUUUCCUGCUUUUCCCUUCCCCUAGCCCCAGGCUUGCAGGGAAGGAUUUUAAUAAUAAUGUUGGUAUUUGUUAAGUGCUUACUCUGUGUGGAGCACUGUUCUAAGCGCUGGGGUAGA